AUUUACACUGCACUGAAAGUCGAUUUCAUCGUUCAUGAAAUGUAUGUUUGAGUAUUGUAGCUGAAUGCAGGGAAUUUUUUGCUGAGGACCGGUGAAUGAACAUGACGUACGUGUUGUCGCUAGUCAAGCAAACAUACUAUCAGUUACUGAUUCAAGGAUUAUUAGAAUAGUUUUUGGCUGUAGACUCAACUUGUAUUACAUAUUUCUGUGCUUAAUGGAUGACAGAAAGAAUCUUCCCUCUGAAGUUAUAUAAGGUAGCGUAAAAUGUGAAGGAGAGCAUUUGAUUAUUGAAGAAGUUGUACAGUAUCUCACUCUGCAGUGAACUUCACAAAAGUAAGUUUUGGGGAUUGAGAAAAUGCUGCGAGAAAGCAAGCGCCGCCCUCUUUCCAAAGCAUUCUCCCGAGCUUUCAGAAGCCGUGCCGUCAUGGGUGUGCUGGCGUUUACCAUGUUUUGGUUCUCCGUCAGAUCUGAUUCACCUACUCAAAUGCAAAAAUUAUAAUAUAUGAAUGGAUACAAAAGGAAAGCGACGAAGAGAGCCCAAAUUGUGGUUCACAUAACAGGGAAAGAGGGAGAAAGCCAAGCUUAUUCUAAUGGCCGAGGCGUUUUAGAAGUUCAAGAAUUCAACUUUUCAGCAAUCGAGAACGUUUUUGAAGCCUUAAAAUAUGGGUAUGGAGAUUACACUCGUGUGCAUUUGACUUUUGACUUGGAAGGAAUAAAAACUGCACGAAUGAUCUUUAGAUGUACUUAUUUCUUCGAUUCCUGAAAUGGGUGCUUACCAUUUAUGGCCAUAAGAAGGCGUAACAUUACUCGCUAUCGGAAUUUGCUUCAGUUCAAAGAAUUCCUAACUCGCUCAGCUCUCAGAAACUUUCAUAAAUUCUGGUUUGAAGGUCUAUUAGGAACUAUGUUGAUGGCAGUUAUCAGCCCCAAAGUCAGCUCAGUGGCCUCUAGUCCUUUCACUUCACCGAAUAUCGGGGUUUUGCUCAAGAUCAAGAUCAUUUCAUGGAGCCAAGAAACUGGUUUGCCUGUUUCUAUACGGAUUCGAGUUGGUGAUAGGACCUUCAACUUGCACAAGCAUCCUCUCCUGUCCAAGAGUGGAUACUUCCAGAAAAGGCUAAAUGAAUCGACCGAGUAUGAGCUCCCAUCGGACUUUCCCGGGGGACCAGAAACCUUUGAAUUACUUGCACUGUUCAUCUAUGGCUCCUCUACUCUUGUUGAUCCUUUUAAUGUAGCAGCCCUCCGAUGUGCUGCAGAGUUUCUUGAAAUGACAGAUGAUUACUAUUCCGGUAACCUUUGCGAGCGAUUCGAUAUCUAUUUAAACCAAGUGGUCUUCCAAAGCUGGGAUGAUACACUAAUCGUACUCCAAAAGUGCCAACAAUUGCUUCCCUGGUCCGAGGAGCUGUUAAUUGUAAGCCGCUGCAUCGAAUCUCUUGCCUUCAUGGCUUGCAUGGAGAUUCUAGACCCCGAGAAAAGGCGAGACCAACCAAUCAUUACAAUGGAUGCAUUGGCCAGUCAGGUUUGGAGCUGUGAAAUAGUGAAAGAAAUCUUGUGCCAAGAUCUUUGGAUCAAGGACCUCAUUGCUCUACCAUUUGAAUUCUUCCAAAGAGUCGUGGGAUCCUUGAGAAGACAAGGUAUGAAAGAAAAAUACGUGAGCCCGAUCAUCGUUUUCUAUGCUAACAAAUGGAUUCUUUCGCAAAAAACGCGCCAGUUCUGGGAAAGUACUGAUGAGAAAGUUGUAGAUGAUGAAGCAAAUGAGAAGGUUAUAUUUAUCUUGCAAGGUCUUCUUGAUCUUCUCCCUAUGGGACAGAGGACCAGUAGAGUGGUUCCUGUAGGCUUUUACUUUGCAUUACUUUCAAAAUCACUUGAAAUUGGUCUCAAAAGUAACAGCCUGCAGAAACUACAAGACCAGAUUGCAUCAGUAUUACACUUUGCCCAAGUCGAAGACUUCCUCCUACCGAAAACCGGGGCGGACUCGGUUUCUUCCAGCAUCGAGUUAGCUACAAUGGAGAAGAUAUUAGAGUCGUUUGUAUCUUCUAACAUGAAGAUGAAUCAUAACCAUUCAGGAAGCAACUCACUCGUGGCGGAGUUGUGGGAUGAGUAUCUAACCUUCAUAGCUCCCGAUCCGAAACUCGGAAAAAAACGAUUUGUGGAACUUAUCGAAAAAGUGCCUGCUUCGUGGCGAGAGAAUCACAACCACCUUUAUUGGGCAGUAAACACAUUCCUGCAGGCACAGUCACAACUGUCCCAAGAGGAAAAAUGGGCAAUCUGUAAGUACCUCAACUGCCAGAAGCUAUCACAAGCGGCGUGCAUUGAAGCUGUUCAAAACGAGUUGAUGCCGCUCCGUCUGAUAGUUCAAGCGCUUUUCGUUCAGCAAUUGAAUACUCAACAGGCGUUCAAAGAGUGUUCGAGUUCAUUUAGAUUUGCACCUUAUGGAGAAUUCUCAGGGAGUCUUUCAAGCUCUAGAUUUCUGAACUCGAACAGCCAGAAUCUACGAGACAGUCCUUAUACAGAUGGAGCUGAUCCAAGCCGAAAAACGUUAAGCUUCUUGCUACAGAAGGACCAUGUGAUGCAGGCACAUGAAUCCUCGAGAAAGGAGUACGAGUCGACAAGUUUCCGAAUCCAGAAUCUCGAACAGGAAUUGGUUUCCUUGAAGAAGAGUGUCCAGUGGCAGACAAUAUCAAAGAAAACAGAUACAAUGUCGAGCAGUAAAGCAGAAGGAAGAACAAAACCAGCUGAUGUGGAAAGUAGAUACUCUAGCAAGAAAAGGAACACACAUGAACAAGUGACAGGGUGCAUUGGUUCCGUUAACUUUUCUGCUCAAAGAAACUAUGCAAGUCGUCUGUUUAAGAUCUUCAGCGGAAUUCGUCUAUUUGGGGGUCAGAAACAGAAAAGAAAAUCGGGGUUUCCCGUCCUUUGGCGUAGGUCGAUUUAUCAGAUCAACCAUCGACUCGACUUGUAAAUGAGCAAACAGGUUCGUAGAAACCAGUUAUGGAGACUAUAACCAGUUAUGGAGACUAUAACUUCGUGUAAACUCUAGUAUGUUUAAGUACAGAAAGUAUCAGUGAUAGUAGUAAUCAUUCAAAGUACUCAGUUCAAACAUCUA